CCUGCUUGUCCGUGAAGGAACGUGUUCGAGCGUGACGCGACCACUGCUGUCGAAGCAGUGACAACGGGAAUCUGGAGCUGAACUGCCUCUGAAAAGCAACAUAUAAGCAAUGGCUACCAGUGACGGUGUGGAUUUCGUGGUCUACCCUGCUCGAACAUGUCCGAGUCUUCGCCCGUUUUAUCACACACCGGCAGCGAAAAGCACCGCUCGAAUGGCACGGUGCUGCGAGAUCUGAUCAUUGGCUUCGCAGAUGGGCUUACAGUCCCGUUUGCUCUCACCGCAGGACUAUCAUCGUACGUGGGAUAGAGAACUCUGGGCCGUUGGGGGAGGAAGCCAAACUGGAGCCUUUCCCCCGGUUGGACUGACAUUGCUGUACAGUCUUGGAUCCUCCAAACUUGUCAUAACGGGUGGCCUUGCCGAACUCUUCAGUGGAUCGAUCUCCAUGGGGCUAGGAGCCUACCUUGCCUCUGUCACCGACAGGCAACACUAUGACACGGAAAGACAUCGAGAGCAAAAGGAGGUGGAGGAGUCACCGGAAGAGGAGAUGGAGGAGAUAUACCGCAUUCUGUGUGCCUACGGUCCCCAGAGAGCUGAUGUCGCUCCCUUCGUCAACGCCAUGAGAUGUUACCCAGACCAAUGGGUCCAGUUCAUGAUGGAUUUCGAGUUGAAACUGGAAGAACCGGCUCGGCGUUCGGCAUAUAUCUCAGCAGCUGUCAUGGGAGUUGCAUAUUUCAUCGGAGGCCUACUGCCCAUGAUUCCAUAUUUCGCCAUCCACCAUGCCACCACCGCUCUUUUUGUAUCGAUCGGCAUCACCGCCGUCAUCCUGAUCAUUUUCGGAUACUUCAAGUGCGCCUUCGCCGGGUGUGAUCGGAGACAGUCAAUCUGGGGCGCUGCACAGACGCUGUGUAUCGGCGCUGCCGCGGCAGGAGCGAGCUAUGGGAUCGUCAGAGCGGUGGAUUCGAGCAACAUCAGCUGAUGUCAAACAAUCGGCGACGAAAACGAUGGAACGGGGGGCUAAUCGAGAUGGGUAAUAAGAAGGGUUGGGGUCCCAGCCGGAAGGGAAGGAAAAAAAGGGGACUUAACAGGGCUCCUGAACAUGGUAUUCAAAACACUAGCGGUAUAAUCAAGAGGAGAGAUACCUUCCCUGGAAAGAACUCUGUGGCUUCUGGUUCGCCAUCUCAAUGAGUCCACUCCAAUAAGCAAAAUACAAAUCUCGACACCUCGGGGUCAGAGCACGG